GCCGCACCGAGAAAUAAGCCUUUAAUACCCACAGGACUCAGGAGAGGGUAACUACACUCAACUCACAAUACUACAGACUUAAGUGAAACGCUUCUCGCAACUCAUCCGUGUCUCGGUGUCGCGUUUCCUUGAGGAAUAUUUCACUUUUACGCACAAAAAGGCGCUCAAAGAAGGCUGUUUUUGCUGAGUUAAACGGCGUCCUCGGACACAUCCACCUGUUUCAGAGGUAAACUCUGUCUCAUGGAUUACUUGUCCAUGUCUCUUUUUCUGGAACCGGUUGAACGAUAAUCUGAGCUGGUCGGUACAUCCGUGGGAUAACACCAGUGGACCCCUUUAGCCACCAUGCCACCCAAGAAAAAGGGAGAGCGUCAGGACUCGGACCUCCACGAGGAAAGAAACGCCCAGGCGCAGUUGGAAAAGGCCCAGUACAAGCCUGUGGCAUUCGCAGUACGUUGCAACUUCUCUUACACGCCAGCAGACGACGACAACGCUCCCGUACCGGGCCAUGCCGUCACCUUCGAGGCCAGAGAAUUCCUCCAUGUCAAAGAGAAGUUUAACAACGAGUGGUGGAUCGGCCGGCCGGUGAAGGAGGAUGGUGUGGUGGGCUUCAUCCCCAGUCCAGUCAACCUGGAGACCAUCCUCAUCAGAAGAGAAGUCCAAGCGAGAAAAGCUGCAAAGGCCUUAGCCAACAAAGCAGCGUCUCAAGUUGCUCAAGAUUUGAACUCAAAAAAAUAUACACCUCCAUCACAAGCCAAUCAGCAGGUGAAAAAGAAACCGGGGGAGCAGAUUGCUAUGUAUGAUGUAGUGCCUACAAUGCGUCCUGUGGUUUUAAUGGGGCCGUCACUGAAGGGCUUAGAGGUUACAGAUAUGAUGCAAAAAGCACUAUUUGACUUUUUAAAGCAUCGAUUUGAAGGCAGAAUUACUAUUACACGAGUCACCGCAGACAUCUCUCUGGCUAAAAGGUCCAUCCUCAACAACCCGGGAAAAAAGGCCUUAAUGGACCGGUCAAACACCCGCUCUAAUUUAGAUGCUGCCGCUCAGAUCCAGGGGGAGGUGGAGCGUAUCUUUGAGCUCGCCCGCAGCCUGCAGCUGGUGAUUCUAGAUGCAGACACAAUCAACCACCCGCUCCAGGUGGCCAAGACUUCCCUAGCACCGAUCCUUAUCUAUGUCAAGAUCUCCUCACCAAAGGUGUUGACAAGACUGAUCAAGACAAGAGGGAAGUCACAGACGAAGCAUCUCAAUGUUCAGAUGGUGGCAGCAGACAAGCUCGCCCAGUGCCCGUCGGAAAUGUUUGACGUCAUCUUGGAUGAGAACCAGCUGACUGAUGCCUGUGAGCAUGUUGCUGAUUAUCUGGAGUCUUACUGGAGAGCCACUCAUCCUCCAGAGAUGGAGCCGGCCAACGCUCUGGUGUCCCAGCUGGUCGAGAGCACACUGCCCACUAGUCCUUCAGCAGUACCCGCGGAUGGGCACAAAAACAAGAAGGCAGCUGCCGCCAAGAGGAAAGGUUCCCGUGAGAACCAUCUAGACCAGGAGCAACCCUCAGCCCCAGCCCAGGAGCAGAAAGCUGAGGAAGGCCAAAGAGAGGAGGAAGAGCGGCUUCUGAGGAAUGAACCAAAGAGACCCCAGCACACCCACCGCCAUCACAACCACCACCACCGCCGGAUAGAGCAUCACAGCCACGGCCAGCACAACCAAACAUCCAGUGGGACUGAAGUACGGGCAAGCAGGGAGUACAGCCAGAGGCCUCCCCGAAGGCACCUGCCCGUGGAGAGGGAGGAGGAAGCGGAGGAUGUGGUGGAGGAGGACAAGGAGGCAACGCGCUAUAAUCACAGAGGCCAUAACCACCACCAUCACAACAGCAACCACCAUCACCACUCACAACAACCACACCGUGGAAACAGCGAGCCACGUGUCAGAGAAGACUAUGAGCAGGAGCACAAUGAACGCAACCGUCAGCACAGGCGUCACCAGGAUAUUUCCCACCGGACACAACACACAGAUCACUAUCCUGCACACAAUCAUCACAACCACCACGGCAAAGACAGAGACAUGGACAGAGAUAGAGACAGAGAUAGAGAUAGAGACAGAGAAAGACACAAGGACAGGGAGAGAGACAGAGACAGAGAUAGGGAUGGUGGUAGAGAUAGAGACAGAGAGGCACGGCAAUUUCACAGAGACUCCUAUAUACACUAGUGACUGUUGUUUCUCCUGUGGCUUGGUGCAUGGUUUUAUGCUGCUCAAGUUAUGAUGCACUAUAAUGGCCUGGGCAGGGUGUUCUUCUUCAUAUCGUUUGACAUUUUAAAUUGUUCUUAUUUUUACCCUCUGCCACUCACUCACAUAUUUUGUCCUUCUUUAUUUUUUCUAUAGCAAAAUUCAUACUGUCACUCGGUUUUGCCUGUCUUAAUGUCAUCUUAUUCAUAUGGCGCUAUCUCUGUGUAUUUAAGCACAAACAUUUGACAAGAUAAAUGUAAAGGUCCUGCAACAUUUUCCAAUGUUCACGCAAAAAGCCAAGAAUAAUCAAGGUUGCAGUAAUUUUAUUGUAUCCAUUAUGUCAAGAUCACAAGUAAAUGUUCUUGUUAUCUUGGGCUUGUUUUAAAGUGAUAACACAAUAAAUACACUUGAGUUUCUAUUAGUUACACCAAACUAAAAUUAAUACAAUCUAAUAUACAAGUCCUGCAAUAAAUCCAACUUUGAUGAGGUCAUAUAGUUCAGUGUGUAUUAAACAGGGAUACAAAUUUACUUUUCACAAGUUUACCUAGCCAAAAUGACAUUAUCUGGUGUUCACCUCUCAAAAGUAGAUAUGAGAAGAUGUUACCUUGGCAUCUGACAAAUUGUGAUGUCGAUAUUUGACACUAAAUUGUUAAUGGAUAGAUCAAUAGAUAGAACAAUAGAUCAAAAGUGAGCGGCAGAUUCGUCCAAUCUGAAAAAAAGCUAUCGGGAGAAAACAUCUCUUUAAGUACAGUAACUUGUGAUUUGAGAUGAACAGGAAGAAAUUAUGGAAAUUAAUCAAUAAGUGUUCUCGCUUCUGUACACUGAACACAUUUAUAACUGUUGUUUCUAUAAACUAAUUCAAAGAGAAGCUUUGUUGUAGCCGAGGGUUCGAAAACUCUAGGAAACAACAGACUUUUGGUGUCACAUCUCAUUCUGUCUCCAUGUGUUACAAUCUGUGUAUCUUCCAAAAACAACAAUUCAUUGUACACAUUGGGAAGGAAACUCAAACUAUUUUGUUAUAUGAUAUUAAAGGGAAGUCUUACUUUGCUUCCUACUUUUCUAAAUGUUGUUCAAGCUUAUUUAUUGACUUGUAUUUGCGCUGUGUGGAAGCAUGACAUAUCUUUAGGUGACACUGACCUGCUAUAUGCUGGAUACUCUAUGCAUCUUCUUGUGAUAAAAUAUAUUGCUUGAAUACAACCUCUAUGCAUUUGUAAAUACUUCAUAAUUGCCUUGUUAGGUAAAUAUAAGGAGAACCAGACAGCCUGUUGCACUGUUUGAUAGAACUUGACCUACUGUGAAUGAUUGCUCUAGACUGAAGUGGCUCUGAUCCUUUAACUUUUUUUGUUUUCAUUAUGUUUGUUUUGUACAGCAUUCAGAUAUAUGCAUAUGCAAAUAUGCAUUCCAUUGUUGAAAACCAUUAAAAUAUAAACCAAAACAUGUGGUUAUUGACAUGUUAUUGUAGGACGUCAGCACUUGCCAAAUUGAUAACAUUGUUGCUAAUUGAAAUUACUUUAUAUAAACUAGCUUGCGAAUUUUCCUCUGAGGAUUAAUAAAGCCCUAAUCUGUAAAUAAUAAUGGUUUAUUUUUUGAUCAUUUAUUAUUAAUCUGAAAGGGAGUAGAAGUUAAGUACACACACCAAUAGUAGAAAGUACAAAAGUAUAAUCUAGUCAGUUGUCUGUAAAUACCUAUUUUUUAGAAUUCUGAAAUUACAAUGUGUUAUUAUUUCUUUGAAUUCAGAAAAAUAGAGCAAUUUCUCUCACUUUUCAUUAGGAUUAGGCCUAUGCACCUUUCACCAAUGAGUGUAAACCAUACAGUGUACAGUACAUUCUUUGUAUUUAGGUAAAAUACCCUGCUGUCUGUGUCCAAUGUACACAAGAAAAAAAAUAUUUCCCAAAAGGUCAAUUUGCUGAAUAUAAAGUCAAGGAAAUUAAUCUUAAUUUUUAUUUCGUUCUCAUGGCAACGUCUUCCCAAUUUCUCAAUGUUUUCUUAAAAGUGUGAAACAGCGCUAGGAUUAAUGGAUGGUUAAUGUAAUCUAGAAUUUCUCGUACAUGUGGAGAGACAAGAGAGAUGGGUCCUCACCUCCUCUAGGGGGGUCCGGGGGCAUGCUCCCCCUGG